AUGGAUUUUAAUAAUGUGCCUGCCAAAAAUUAUGAUAAUAAUGUCGUAUCUAAAGAUGGCAUAACCCGGGAAGAGGUUUCAUGGCUUUUUCAGAAAUUAAGUCCUAACGAUAGGGUAGAAGUUUCUAAAGAAUUAGCAAGUUGUCUUUCACGUACUUUUUAUAAAAACGGUUUACCUAUUGUUGGAUUUUUAUGUUCAACACUUUACCUUUGCAGAUUGAAAUUACCAAAUUCUGCAAUAGGUAAGGCAAAACCACUUCCACUUUAUUUUAUUGCUAUUUUUUCUGCAAUGAAUAUUGGUGGUAUGAUUAAUAGUAAUAAAUGUUCAGAAGCCAUGAAACCAAAAUUAAUAAACUUGUUUGAAAAGUAUAAAAGAGAAGAAGAUAUUAAUGCUACUAAGAAUGAAUAUCCUAAAAUUAGGGAAGGAAAUCAGCAACAUAUUUUUAAAGAUUAUGAUCUCUUUCAAGAAAACUCUGAUAUGUUCAAACAGACAGAAGGGGAUAACAUUUACCUAGACCAAUUUUCAAAUAAAGAAAAUACAUCUAAAAGUCAGCAGAAGAUUAGUACAUAUUAUUAUGAUUCUUUCCCAUCUGGUUAUAUAUCUGGAACACCAAAUAAAUCUCAAGACGAGAACUUAGAAAGUUAA